GUAUUCCACUGUUGCUCAGAUAGCUCUGAACACACCUGGAUCCAGAACUGAUCGAUCUUUGGCUUUCGACUUUCUUCUAAAUAAGAAAACCAAAGACCUUGAAAUCAACCUGGCGUCCCCAUGGAAGAAGGCAGCAUUCAAAGGAUCGAUGGCAUAUGAAAGUAAGAAGAUCGGCAUGAAGGGCAAUCUGAUUGUCGAUGAAUCGAGAGAAUAUGGCAUCAUCAGCGAAGUUGGUAUCAAGAAAGUAAGGACAUUUGUGACCUACAUGCCCCGCCUGGAGAUCAGACGCCCAGGAGCCAAAGUUAUCCUACUCAGUGGAACAGUAGAGGCUGAAGCACUUAAGAGAGCAAGUGCUGAACUAACCCUCAAUGGAGUAACACCAAAUGCAAUCAGCUUUAGAUCUGCCUUACUGAACUCGAAAAUUGAGAAGAGUGUGAUGGGUACCUUCAGCCUUGCUCCAAAGCAGGACUACUUUCUCGAGGCUGGUUUGGUGUACCAGAACAGUGGCAGGAAGAAGUCCAUCAUCAAAGUCAUCCCAACAUUAACAGUCAAGACCCCCAAACUUCAACUCGUCUCUCUCUCUGGAUCAGGAGACUAUAAAGAGGGCAAAUCACUCAAGGGAGGUGUCUCUCUGGAUGUACACAAGGUCUUGGACAAACCAAUCACUCUGAAAUGUGACAUCAAGAAGACAGGUGGUUCUAAGAACAAGUACAGCGGAAGUGUAACACUUUCUUCCCGUUUCCUGGUCACCAAGCUUAGUGGCAACGUACAGACCAAGACGAGCACAGUCAGCACCUUUUUAACUCUCGACUACAAUCUGCCUAAGAUCCGAAGUAUCAAGAAGGACAAGAUCACAUUCAGCUCUAAAUACACUGAUCGUAGCGCCAAGUCCCUCUGGAACUACCAGCUGAACACAAACUUCGAAGACAAGAGAUUCCCUGAGGUCAAUUUCUUCACGGAUCUUGACUUCUCUCACAACAACAAACACACAGAAGCUGGUGCAACAUUCCGAUAUGGACCUAAAUCCAAAGAUUCCUCCCGUCAGAUCACAGGCUAUGCUCUUGUUAACCAUGACGUUGGGUCCAAAGCCAAAGUUGACUACACAAUGAAAACUACUGUGGGACCACUGGAUGUGAAACUGAGCCUGAAAGGAAAGCAUAUCCAAGACAGUCGCAAUCUGAAUUCCACCAUGACAUUUGGCUAUGGCAAAGGAAAUACAAUUGAUGCUGCUCUCAAUCUGAGAAAUAGUGGAAAGAAGACACUGAAUCUCUUGGGUGAAGCAAGGCUUUCUUAUCCAGGCAAAGAACUCCAUCUGAAGACUGAUCUAAUCCAGUCCAAGAAAGACUACACACACUCCAUGACCUUCUUCAUGGACAAAGAAAAAUCUACUAUGGUAACAACCUACAAAAGACAGAGAGAUGCAGCCCACCAGGUGAAAUCUGACAUCAAGCUACAUUACAUCCAGCCAAUCCAACUGACUGCCUCCACUAACCUGAACAACAAGGACCUCAAGCUUUCUGCACAGGCCGAUUAUGCUGGUGAGGUUUAUGGAAUCAACACAGGCUAUAAAUACUCCAAGACGCCAAGUGCCAAGUGGAGCAUGGACAUUACAUACCCCACAAGACAUGUCAUUCUCCAGGUCGAGGGUGGAAGGCGAGGUGUCACAUACGAGGGCUCUGCUGAUGCUAAGUGGGAUGCUGACAAGGACAUUUCCAGGAGAUUUCUCCUCACAGGAAAACUCAACCUCAAGUCAUCUGGCAACUUUGCUUCCACCGUUGCAAUGAAAUACCCAACCAGAGAUGUGGAGUUCAAUAUCAAACAUGCUAGUGGCCAACAGUAUACUACACGUGCUGAUGUCUCUUGGGACACUGACAAGAAGAUCAAAGUAGAUACAUCCUUCAAAAAAGGUCCAAACACGAAGUGGUCAGUCACUUGA